CUGAUAACUGAUAAGAGUAAGAGUUUAAAGAAAAGUGCCAGAACAGAUUUUUGUGCUUUUUAUUAAACUAUUACGGUUUGUAAUAUUAUGUAGUCUAUUAACUUUUUCUGAAGAUUGCAAAUUUCUUGUGGUUCCAACCACUCAGUUUCAGAAAAAUUCUCUGCCAGUUGUUGUAGUUGCCACCAUCCUGGGAGAAGAUGAAACUUUGUAGAUCACAUUAUUUCGACCUAGAAGAUAUACUUGCAAGCCAUGAAACGAUGCCGGCAACUUUUACAGAAGAAGUGAAAGGCUUAGGUUUCUUAGAUCCUGGAGCUGUUACAGAUAAUAUUACGCCCAAAACAAAAUUAGAGCUGCCAUUCUGGAUCCUACAAGUAUUGCUCCAGUUGCCAAACAAACCAGUAACUGUAGAAUUGCCGAAGGCUUUCAACGCUACACACAGGGACAUUUUCUCGGCUGACGCGUGUAUUGUUGACUUCAAUAAACUCUGUAAAUUUUUCUAUACCUUCGGGAAAAUCCUCGCCCGAGCCAAACUGAAGGAAUCUCCGGAAAUCAAGAAAAUGCUGGUCGAGACCUUCAAGCAGCGGUUUAGAUACGUCUUCGAUUUGAGUCAAAAUGUAGAAACUGAGAAAUUAGCUUCCGAUAAGAUGGACCGAAUGGAGAGGGAGCUAUACAAUGAAAGCAGGACUGCACAGGUUCGACUAAACCAAUGGAUGUCGGUUGGGAUCGGUACUAUUCAGGCAGCUUCGAUGAUCGUUAAUCAUCGGAAGAGAAAACUAACUGUCUUUGAGCUCUAAUGUUCUGCUCAAAUUUAAUUUUAAAACUUAUCAUCAUCACCAAUAGCGGGCUAUGUAGCAAAAAGUUGUUUUCAAAUUUUUCACCUUUUUGUUCCUGGAAACUGCCAUGGAACAUACACUGUCUAACACACACUAACACAUUCUACCUAUUCUACUGACCUAACACUGCCUUUCAGACGUUAUAUUGUUGUCGCUCUCACAAAAGAAUGUAUCUCAUCUGCGCUGUUCCAGUUAAGGGAAAAUUUUAUUUUUUCAUGGGAGAGUCAUUACAUGGAAACACCUCAUCUUUAUAGAGCAGGAAGUCUUAACAGGACUCAAGGUUUUCUUAGUGUGCCCUAGCAAGUGUAUAGGAAGAUCACUAAAAGUUUCAUGCGAAUUCAUGUGAAGAUUGUCUUAUAAAAAAAAUUAAUUGUCAGCAAGGAAUACUAAAACAGCACAAAAAAUAUACAUUCCUUUGUGAAAGAGGUGACGAUACGCACUCUUCUAUUGUUGGUGGGCCACUAGGGAGCGUUGUCUCGGUGCUUUUUCGAUUUUUUGGUACUUAGCCCGUCAUUGAUGAUUUAACUUCAUUUAAAGAUAGUCUCUUGAUUUGAAAACAGCAUUUUUGCCUUUUGAAAAGUGUGUUAAAUACUAAAGUAAUUUCAAUCUUGUUGUUCAAUGAAAAACAGUCAAUAGAAUUUUCUUAAACCUGAGAUAUUUUUUUUUUCUUUUGCCUCAAGCAAUUGUAUUUACCAAAGUAUUCAUAACUGUAAAUAAAUACAUUUUGAAUUUUA